GUGGACAUUCUCUCGGUUUCCACUCGCUUUUCCUGACGGGGCCUUUGGACAAUGAUACAGCUGGAUGUGCAGAGAACAAUUGAUGUUUUUCCAGUGAGGAGAGAAUGCCACUCUGCACAUGUCUAAUGGCACACUUUCCUAAAUAUGUGCUGUACAAGUCCUAUUGUGAGGAAGAACGCAAGGUUAAGAAUUGCAGCUUCCUGGCAUGAGAAAGAAUUGUAGGGAGCCACCUGUGGCAUUAUCGGAAACACCCAAGCGGAAAAGAGACGAAAGAAGCAUGAGGGAAACCAGUCAAAGUUGAAAGGAAGAAAUCACGUACUUUACGUGCUGUUGAUGACAGUGGACUCCUGAUAGUACAGGAAGAUGGCAAAGACAAGAGAAGGAAAAAUCUUCAAUGCAUGAGAAAAUAUCCAGAGAAAAGCAAAAGCUAAAUACACAUUACAGAACCCACAUAGGAGGGAAAAUAUGAAUGCAUGGAGUGUGGAAAGAACACCUACUAAACAUCAAAAAACCCACACAGGGGAAAAACCAUACAAAUGCACAGAGUGUGGAAAGAGCUUCUUCCAGAGGAGUCAUCUUAAUAAACAUCAAAGAAUCCACACAAGGGUGAAGCCAUAUAAAUGCAUAGAAUGUGAAAAGCGCUUCAGUGACAGGGGAGCACUUAUGAAUCAUCAGAGAACUCACACAGGGGAGAAACCAUAUAAAUGCAUGGAGUGUGGAAAGAGCUUCAGUUUGAGCUCCAGCCUUACUGAACACCACAGAAUUCACACAGGGGAGAAACCAUUUAAAUGUAUGAAGUGCGGCAAGAGCUUCAGUCAUAAGACAAGUGUUACUGUACAUCAAAGAACCCACACAGGAGAGAAACCAUAUGAAUGCAGUGAAUGUGGAAAGUGCUUCAAGAAUAAUGGAACACUUACUAAACAUAAAAGAACUCACACAGGAGAGAAACCAUAUGAAUGCAUGGAGUGUGGAAACUGCUUUCGUGUCAGGGAUACCCUUACUUUACAUGAAAGAACCCACACCAAAGAGAAACCAUUUAAAUGUAUGGAGUGUGGAAAGAGCUUCACUCAAAGAGGAGCACUUACUACACAUCAGAGAACCCACACAGGGGAGAAACCAUAUAAAUGCAUGGAGUGUGGAAAGAGCUUUCGUGUCAGUGGUAGCCUUACUUUACAUGCAAGAACCCACACCAAAGAGAAACCAUAUAAAUGUAUGGAGUGUGGAAAGAGCUUCACUAAUAGAGGAGCAUGUACUAUACAUCAGAGAACCCACACAGGAGAGAAACCAUAUAAAUGCAUGGAGUGUGGAAAGAGCUUUCGUGUCAGUGGUAGCCUUACUUUACAUGAAAGAACCCACACCAAACACAAACCAUAUAAAUGCAUGGAAUGUGGAAAGAGCUUCUGUCAGGGUAGCCAACUUACUGUACAUCGUAGAACCCACACAAGGAAGAAACCAUGGAAAUGCAUGGAGUGUGGAAAAGUUUUCAGUCAGAGUGGAACCCUCACUUUACAUCAAAGAACUCACACAGGGGAGAGACCAUAUACAUGUUUGGAGUGUGGAAAGAGCUUCACCGAUAAAGGAACACUUACUCAACAUCAGAGAACCCACACAGGGGAGAGACCAUAUACAUGUAUGGAGUGUGGAAAGUGCUUCACUGUAAGCUCAGGUCUUGCUGCACACAAAAGAACACACACAGGGGAGAGACCAUAUAAAUGCACGGAGUGUGGAAAGAGCUUCUGUCAGAGUGGCCAUCUUACUUUACAUCAUAGAACUCACACUGGGGACAAACCAUAUAAAUGCAUUGAAUGUGGAAAGAACUUCAGUCGGCGUGGAGGCCUAACUAUACAUGAAAGAAUCCACACAGGAGAGAGACCAUAUAAAUGCAUGGAGUGUGGAAAGAGUUUUUAUCGAUGUAGCCAUCUUACUAUACAUCAUAGAACUCACACUGGGGAGAAACCAUAUAAGUGCAUCAAAUGUGGAAAGAGCUUCAAUAACAAUGGACACCUUACUCGACAUAAGAGAAUCCACCCUGGAGAAAUCAUAGAAAUGCAUGGAGUGUGGAAAAAGCUUUGGUCAGAGUGAUCACCUUAUUAUACUUAAAAAGCUUAAGGUGGAAUCAAUAUCAGCAUAAAAGCAUCCACACAGAUUAGAAACGUGAACUGAAAAGACCUGAGGGGAUACCUUACUUGACAUAAAAAUAUCCACCAUGAAGAGAAAUGCUUCAGUCGCAGUGCAAACCUUACUAUUCACUAGAUAAGAAGAGAGUCAGGAGAAUAGAUCACUCUGUGGUUAAGGCUUCUGUAAGGGUGUGUACCCCUAUCAGAACAGCAUCUGGUUCAUUUGAAGCCAGAGAUUUGGCAACCAUAAAAGCACUGUGGCCUAUUCUCCCCGCCCCCAUUUUCCUGACCUAUGAAACCUUAUUGAUAAUUGAAAAGACAUGGACACAGGAAUCUAUUGCAACAAUCCUCAAAACAAUGAAUUUGGCAGCUCCCCCAAGGUACAGGACAGGAGCUAUAUUUUUCUUAGGGAGAUCAGCCAAUGCCUAGCAGAAUGAUCCCACUGUUUCAGAUGGCCUCAGAAGAGCAGAACUACUUUUUCUCAAGGUUUCAGCAAAUGUAUUCUCUCAGCACAGAAUCACCUUUUCACAUGGAUUGAUCCUAGAAAGAAGUUCUGUGUCUUGAUGCAAGCCUUGCGCUCUCUCUCUCACAGAUACACACACACAUGCUGUACUCCACUGCCCACACCCUUGGGCCUAGGACAGGUAGUUUCUAGUACCUGUUAUUAUAGC